ACAGCCCGCCCGGAGCCCCGGGGGCGGCCGCGGCCACCAUGUCGUCCCCCAGCCCGGGCAAGAGGCGGAUGGACACCGACGUGGUCAAGCUGAUCGAGAGCAAACACGAAGUCACAAUCUUAGGAGGACUCAACGAAUUUGUUGUGAAGUUUUAUGGACCACAAGGAACACCCUAUGAAGGUGGAGUAUGGAAAGUUAGAGUCGACCUUCCUGACAAAUACCCCUUCAAAUCCCCAUCUAUAGGAUUCAUGAAUAAAAUCUUCCAUCCCAACAUUGACGAAGCGUCAGGAACUGUAUGUCUAGAUGUAAUCAAUCAAACUUGGACAGCUCUCUACGAUCUCACCAAUAUUUUUGAGUCGUUCCUGCCCCAGCUGCUGGCCUAUCCCAACCCCAUAGAUCCUCUCAAUGGGGACGCUGCAGCCAUGUACCUCCACCGACCAGAAGAGUACAAACAGAAAAUUAAAGAAUACAUCCAGAAAUAUGCAACAGAAGAAGCACUAAAAGAGCAGGAAGAAGGCACCGGGGACAGCUCAUCCGAGAGCUCCAUGUCUGACUUCUCUGAAGAUGAGGCUCAGGACAUGGAGUUGUAGUAGAGGAGGCACCUGCUUUUCAGAGAGACUCUAAUUUCCUAACCAUGAGAAGCAGACUAUAAUAUUCAUAUUUAAACAAAGCAAUUUUUUUUAUUACUAAACAAGGUUUUUAUGAAUUCUAGCAUUGAGCUAUAUAUAUAUAUUUAUAUAUAUGUGUGUGUUUAUAUAUAAAUAUAUAUAUAUCACCCUUUAGGUCUUGAUUUUCUCGGUCAUGUCCCGGUUCCCGAGGUGCAUUAGAGCAUUCCCAACAUUCCAUUCUGGUAGCAAUAUGCAGGAUGCAUGCCUUGAGAUUUUCCAUUUGGCCAAGUCACCUUUGGUGUGCUACCAAACAGCUGCCCUGGGAGGGAGGGAAUUAGCAAAAAAACCCCAAAAUCCAAACAAAGGGUAGAAAAAAGAGAAGGAUUUGGUGUCGGCUCGAGGUUUCCACCUGAGGUGUUGGUGUUGCCACCUCAGAUGUUGGUGAUUCCACCUCAGAUGUUGGUGUUCCCACCUGAGGUGUUGGUGUUGCCACCUCAGAUGUUGGUGUUCCCACCUGAGGUGUUGGUGAUUCCACCUCAGAUGUUGGUGAUUCCACCUCAGACGUUGGUGAUUCCACCUGAGGUGUUGGUGUUCCCACCUGAGGUGUUGGUGUUCCCACCUGAGGUGUUGGUGAUUCCACCUGAGACGUUGGUGUUCCCUCCAAGUCCAGCCCUUGGGGUGCAGGGGUUCAGGGGCUCCCCCGGGCUGUGUUUAGAGAAUGAGCCGGAGGGGCUGAGCCCAGAGCAGCCCCGAGCAGGGCGUGCAGCUCUGGGGCCCUGCAGAGCCUCCUGCUGGGAUUUCAGCCGUGGGUGCCCCUGCCCUCCCGAGCCGUGGGCACCGAGCUGCCCUGCUGCCCCCUCUGCAGAGGCUGGGCAUGCUCCUGCUCCCUGCCUGCGAGGGAAGAACCACCCAGAAGCACCACCACGGAUGAGGAGGAAGCUCCUGGAGCUGGGAUGCACCUGGAGCCCAGCUGCUCCUUCCUCUGCCCCUCUGGAACCUGCUGCCCUUCAUGGCUCCCGCUUGGCUUUGCCAUUUUUGGGGGGUUUUUUUUUCUUCCUUUCUUUUCCCCGCUCCCUCUUGUGCUGGAAGUGUGGUUCAGACACCUGACAGACGUGGCUGUGUCCUGGGAAUUCUCCUCUGACCAGAUGGAUUGGCCUUGCCAGAGCUGCAGCUCCACGGAAUUGUCCCGUUGGCCCAAGCCCACUAAUCCAUCGGCACCGAUUUGCAUUUUCCUUUUUGGGUUUUUUUUUUUUGGUCUCUUUUUAAACCUUUCUUUCCUCCCCCCUUCUGCACCAGCUUGGUUCCCAUCUGCUUGUGUGUGUGUACAACAGGAUAAAAAUUCCUUAAGAGUUAACAAAGAAAAAUAUCUAGGAAAAAAAACCACACAAAAUUUGAGCUGAAUAAAAAAAAAAAAAAAAGCCUAAAAAGCACCAAUUGAGGAAGCAAAUGAAUUCACUCUUUGGUUUUUCAUUGGUUGGUUUGGUUUUCUUUUUUAGGUUUUUUUUUGGUUUUUUGGGUUUUUUUCCAGGAUGUUUGGGAAUUGGAAUGUUGGAUUUCUCCUGGUGUCUUGCAGCAAACUGAGAGAUUUUUAAUUUUUUUUUUUUUUGCUGUUGUUCCUAGAAAUCUGAUAAGUAAAUGUCUCCUUGGGAUACUUGAAUUGGGAUAAUUGUGCGUCGGAGCUUCAAGCUGAGAUGGAUUUUUAAAGCUGAAUGUUACCUGCUGUUUUCUUUUGGGGAUUUUUGGAGGGGUUUGGACAAGAUCUUUUUGUUUGUGAUGCGACCUGCAGGAAGAAAUCAACCCACCCUGAGCGACUCUGGAGCAGAGUGUUGAAUGUCAGACUGGUACAUUUGCCAUUUCCCCAGAAUUCUUGGCCUUUGUUUCCUUUUCCUUUGAGACUCCACCGAGCUGGGGCUGGCAGAGCCCACCCCACCUCUGAUUCAUAAAGCACAAUCAGUUCCUUUUAUUUCUGUUGCUUUUGGGGGAGAAAAACAAAAAAACUCCAUCAAGUCCCACUUGGCUUUGGCAUGAAUUUCCUUAAUAAAAAUCCUACCAUGAA